UUACCAACGCGAGGGGAGUGACGCAGUUAUCGAAAAUCUCCGAAGCUCUUCACGCUUGCCGCGUAUGACCUGAAAUAAACUCCCGAGUUCCCCCACCUUCCACCCACCCACACACACCCGGUGGUGGGCAACCGUCUCCUCGUCACGACGCGGCGGAAGACUGCAGACAUUGGGAGGCUGUAUGUGCCAGUCCCCCCGCGCUCCCUUCUUGGAUUCGGUUGGAGGUCGCGGUCGAGCCCGAAGGACUCGAUGCGAUAACCAGAGCGAGACAUGCCGCAGCCCAAGUCCCGAAAAAUCGCCAUUCUUGGCUACAGAUCCGUAGGAAAGUCCUCUUUGACUAUUCAGUUUGUUGAGGGCCAGUUUGUGGACUCCUAUGACCCGACAAUAGAGAACACGUUUACUAAAAUGAUCACGAUAAACGGACAAGAGUAUCAUCUUCAGCUGGUGGACACAGCAGGACAGGACGAGUACUCCAUCUUCCCACAGACAUACUCCAUAGACAUCAACGGCUACAUUCUGGUCUAUUCAGUCACAUCCAAUAAAAGCUUUGAAGUGGUGCAAGUUAUCCAUGAAAAACUGCUGGACAUGGUGGGGAAAGUUCAGGUACCCAUCAUGCUCGUCGGAAACAAGAACGACCUGCAUAUGGAGAGAGUAAUCAGCUGCGAGGAGGGAAAAGCAUUAGCUGACUCCUGGAAUGCUGCCUUCAUGGAAUCCUCGGCCAAAGAGAACCAGACAGCAGUGGAGGUUUUCCGGAGGAUGAUCCUGGAAGCGGAGAAGAUGGACGGCGGCGUGCAGCCCGGAAAGACGUCCUGCUCCGUGAUGUAGAGGCGUCCCGUCGACACACAGGACACUGCACUGGGAUAUCCCGUUUACUUGAAGGCGAGCCGCCAGUUCUCCACCUCAGCUUGACUCCACCCUCCCCCACCCCCUCGCUCAUCCAGGGGUCCGAAAUACCCCCAAUAAUGUCUAUUUAUGGUUCUGAACACCCCUCCGUUAUUUAUCACUAUUCCUCUUUGCCAUCCAUGUUUUCCUUUUUGUGUGUUGGAUAUCAAAGCAGGACAAAGUUGAAUAACAGCAAAAAAAAAAAAAAAAAAAAAAGUCAAAACAAAUCUUGCUUUUUGAUGCAAAACAGCAAUGCAUCGGAACAAAUGUUCCUCCCGUGUAGUGAUGACUAAUAACCACGACUAGAAGUAAUAAAGCAGCGUCGCUCUGGUGACCAAGCGAGGGAAAGAGCGUUUUUUUUUUCUCUUUUUUUAUACAUCUUUUAUUUUUGUCUACUUUAGCAAAAAUGCAGGUGUCACUUUUUUUUGGUUUUGUUUUCAUAGCAGUAACUGUCAGCCAAAUUCCAACAAAAAAAAAAUCUGCAUCCAUUUUUUUUAAAAGUUGAAACUGUUGUACAAAUGUUUUGGAUUGUAAUCAUUAAAGCAAAAAGUGGUUAUGUAAAGCGCUCA